CAUGUGUGCACUCAUAGCACAACUCAAUUUAAAAACUCCAAAGCAAGCACUAAUGUUAUGUUUCUCUUUAUAAACUAGUCUCUCCUUUCUGUGAGUAUUUGUAUCCUCUGCAAGUUACUUUUGCCUAGUUUUCUAAAUCAUCCCGUUGGAUUUUAACUUCACAAUCUGCCUAUUUUGCCAUGGAAGAAGCUCAAGAACUGCCACCAGGACGGAGAGUUGAAGAAGUUCCGUCGACAGAAAUUGUAAACGUCGACACUCAAACUUCUUCCUUCCAAUGGCUUGGACGAUAUAAAUGGUGGCUUCAGAUGGCCAUCUAUACGCUUUUUGUCCUCGGGGGGCAGUCAAAUGGUACACUCUUGGGUAGACUCUAUUAUGACAAUGGUGGAAAAAGCAAUUGGAUGGCUACAUUAGUGCAAUGUGCAGGAUUUCCAGUUCUCAUCCCAUUUCUAUUCACCUCCAAUUCUAAAAAUUCAAAUGCAGAAUUCGACAUGAAGAAGCCUUCUAUCUUGGUCCUUGCUUCAAUUUAUGUUUCCCUUGGAAUUUUUCUAGCAGCAGAUUGUGUGACUUACUCAAUUGGGCUGCAAUACAUUCCAGUUACUACCCAUACUCUAAUUGUUGCCACUCAUUUGGGAUUCAAUGCCCUUUUCUCUUAUUUCCUCAAUGGACAGAAGCUUACUCCUUAUAUACUCAACUCUCUAGUCCUCCUCACCAUUUCUUCGACACUUCUUGUAUUCCGAAAGGACUCUGGAGACUCAAACAAAACCUCGAAAGAAAAGUAUGCAUUAGGCUUCAUAUGCACCAUUGUUGCGGCUGCUUGUUAUGCCUUAAUUCUCUCGCUAACGCAGCUGUCCUUUCAGAAGAUCAUUAAACAAGGAACUCUAAAAGCUAUACUAUAUAUGUCAAUCUAUCAGAAUCUAGUUGCAUCCCUCGUCAUUCUAAUAGGGCUUUUCGCAAGUGGAGACUGGAAGAAUUUAAACGAAGAAAUGAUCACCUUUAAAACCGGGAAAGUAUCCUAUGUUAUGAACUUGUUUUGGACAUCAGUGGCUUGGCAAGCUUUUGCUGUUGGUUCAAUAGGAUUGAUAUUCAAGGUUUCUUCAUUGUUCGCCGGUAUAAUUAGUAUAUUAGGUCUGCCUAUUGCUCCGGUUCUUGCCGUGAUUUUUCUCCAUGACAACAUGACUGGAUUGAAGGCCAUAGCCAUGGUGUUGGCUAUGUGGGGUUUUGUCUCUUAUAUGUAUCAACAUUAUCUUGAUGAUUUGAAGACAAAGGCCAAAAGGACUGAGGACGAAAUUUCAGUCACUGAAAGAGGUUAAGUCCUAAUAGAAGACAGAAGAAGCCCAUGUACAAUCACAAUUUACAGGAAUGCUUAAUUAUAAUUACUGUCAAAUCCAACAUAUGGAGAUUUAGGUAAUUAUAAAUGAAGGGCUAUUUCUAAUUUU